UCCUUUUUCUCUCCCUUUUGCAGGCCUUUGCACAAGUGAAGACCCUCACAGUUGCUCUGCACGCUGCCUAGCUCUGAUUUCUCUGGCAGCCAAACAUCCCUGCCACUGGGACCUCGAGGGCUGUUUUCCCCUCCCUGCCCAUCUCCCCUGUGUCCGUGCCUGGGAGCUGGUGCCCAGCAGUAGCUCCAUCUGCCCAUCCCUCCUGCUGGACUGCUCCCCACCAUGUUUCAGCGUCUCACCAGCCUCUUCUUCAGUGACAGCAACACGCCAGAGGGCCUGGAGGAGCCCAAACCCUUUGUCGAGGAAGAGGAGGAGGAGGAUGGCUGGCUCAUAAUUGAUCUUGCAGAGGAGCCCGGCCUCGACGACGUGGGGAGCAGCCCCAUGGAGGACCUGCUCAUCGAGCACCCCAGCAUGUCCGUCUACGUCACCAGCACCCUCGAGGUGGAUGGGGAGGGCCCCGAGGACGAUGCUGCAGAGUGCAGGAGGGUGCUGCAGCCCCCCUCAAUCCCCCACCUGGCCCCAGACUGGUUCAGCGGGGGUGUAUCCCACAGAUGGGCGUCCCGCCGCGCCAAGCAGCUCCCGGGCGCCUUCGUCCACCAGCCCUGCCAGCGCCACUGCAACUACUGA